ACGAAGAAGAAGAACAAGCCUGCGGCAGGGGGAAGUAGAAGAAGACGACAAACGUUCUUUUGUUUCCGAGGCCUGCAGGUUUCAUGUUUUGUGUUCUUUACGUUCUCCCAUCGAUACCGACAAUAAAGUAAGAAUACGACAAAUAUCGGAAGAUGCCUUUGCCUGUGCAAGUGUUUAACUUUCAGGGGUCUGUGGAGCCUAUGCAGAUUGAUGCAGAUCCUCAAGACGACACACAGAAUGCUCCAGAUAGCUACAUAGUGGAAAACCCAACACUGGACCUGGAACAAUAUGCUACUAGCUACACUGGGUUAAUGCGCAUUGAGAGACUGCAGUUCAUCGCUGACCAUUGUCCUCAGCUUCGCGUUGAGUCCUUGAAGAUGGCACUAACCUUUGUCCAGAGAACCUUCAAUGUUGACACAUACGAAGAGAUCCACCGCAAGCUCACAGAGGCCACCAGGGAUGUUCAGGGUGUACCAGACACUGUUCCUGAUGGAGGAGUUCUACCUCCAUUGGACUCGGCCUGGGCAGAAUCCACUAGGAAAAAGGCUCUGCUCAAACUAGAGAAGCUUGAUACAGAUCUGAAGAACUAUAAAGGCAAUUCAAUCAAAGAGAGUAUCAGAAGAGGCCAUGAUGAUUUGGGGGACCACUACCUGGACUGUGGUGACCUCAGCAAUGCUCUAAAAUGCUACUCCCGUGCCAGAGAUUACUGUACCAGCGCAAAACAUGUUAUUAACAUGUGUCUGAAUGUCAUUAAGGUUAGUGUUUAUCUUCAAAACUGGUCCCAUGUGCUGAGCUAUGUGAACAAGGCAGAAUCCACACCGGAAAUUGCAGAGCAAAGAGGAGAGCGAGACAGCCAGAAUCAAGCAGUCCUUACCAAAUUAAAGUGCUCUGCAGGACUGGCUGAAUUGGCCUCCAGAAAAUACAAACCAGCUGCUAAGUGCUUUCUUCAGGCUUCGUUUGACCACUGCGACUGUCCAGAGCUCUUGUCCCCGAGUAAUGUAGCUGUAUAUGGGGGCCUGUGUGCUUUGGCCAGUUUUGAUAGACAGGAGCUUCAGCGUAAUGUCAUCUCGAGCAGCUCCUUCAAGCUAUUUCUAGAAUUGGAACCUCAGAUCCGUGAUAUCAUCUUCAAGUUCUACGAGUCCAAGUAUGCAUCCUGUCUCAAACUGCUGGAUGAAAUAAAGGAUAACUUGCUGUUGGACAUGUACUUGGCUCCUCACAUCAAAACUUUGUACAGUCAGAUCAGAAACAGAGCUCUAAUCCAGUAUUUCAGCCCCUAUGUUUCAGCUGACAUGACAAAGAUGGCUCAGGCUUUCAAUACCACAGUAGCAGCUUUGGAAGAUGAACUUACCCAACUAAUACUUGAGGGCCUUGUCAACGCACGUAUCGACUCUCAUAGCAAGAUUCUAUAUGCCAGGGAUGUGGACCAGAGGAGCACCACGUUUGAAAAAUCGCUCCACAUGGGAAAAGAAUUCCAGAGACGAGCAAAAGCUAUGAUCCUCCGUGCUGCUGUGCUUCGUAACCAGAUCCAUGUCAAGUCUCCACCCAGAGAAGGGAACCAGGGUGAGCUGACACCAGCCAACAGCCAGACCAGGAUGAGUACCAACAUGUGAGGAGAUUAAACUGAAUCUGCAGAUUGGAGAAUAGUCUCUCUUUAUGCACAACCAUCCCACCUCUCCCCAUUAAAACAACACACAAGUAGGCAUAAUUUACAAGUUAUCUGUUCUACCAACAUAAAAACAAAAAAUUUGAUGUGGCGUGAAAAUUUAUUAUGAUCACCAUUUAAAAAAAAACCUGAGCACAUCAGAUGUAAAUUAUUAGUGAAUGAAGUCUCUCUUGUAACACUUGAUGUUAAACCUUAUCAGAAACAAUGUUUUAAAAUAAACCCUUUUCAAAAAAUGUGACUCCAAUAUUGUCUGGAAUUUGGAACGCUUGGUCUGUAAUUUUUAGCUUUGUUUCAUUUCGCUUCUGAUGGAUGACAUACUUUUACCUGAGCUGAAUUCAUUUUACAUAAACUUAUAUCGGGUCUUUUGGGUAACUAUUGGAAAUAAAAAUGUUUUUGUUUAUUCCAGUGGACUGAU